AUGGCCCGAAGUGACAGCAACGAACACGUCUACCGCAUCAUGGCGGCACCGAAUGACAAUGACGCGCCGCUGGCGGACGAGAUGAAGCAGACGGUCUCUCUGUCUUCUUCGACGCCGAUUGCUGCCGCAAAAUCACCCAAGCAGCCUCCUCCAGAGACGAAAGAGAGCUUAUGGCUGCGACGCCUAUCCAUCUUCUCCUUUUGGGCUGUAGUCGUGUUUCUGGGCCUUCCAAUAUGGCUGAAAACAACGGCCAUUUACAGGGCGGACCUGCCGCUACAGGAGAUGACGGACUGGGCUGAGGGCAAGGUCUGUAAGCCAGUCUUCCCUCUGCGGAUAGCAGUCGAAGCCCCGAUGCCUUCUGCGGAUGCGCAACACCUGCUUCGCACCACCCAGCACGCCCUCGAUGAUAUCAACGACUUUUCCGCCCACCAUCUCCGAUUGAUGCUCGCCGACUCUCCACUGCAACCAAACGUCUCGCAACAAGUCAUUAGUGACGGAACAAGCAUCCAUAGCGAUGACAAGGACGUCGCUUUGGUUGUGCGACUGAUACCGGUCGAAACGGGUGCCACGCCUCGGUCGCACCUCCAGCCAUAUUCCCCAACCCUAGACGUAUACUACUCUUCGAACCAGAUCCCUUCGCAGUCGUCUACUGGCUCCAGCCUGGCUACGUUCCUCGCCCAGCAACUACACGAUAUAUUUGCUGAGGAGCAGGCACAGCUGGCGCAUGUCUUGUCGGCUAAAUCCGGCGCGCAUGCUGCCAAGGUCAAGACGCUCUCUCCAGACAUGUCCGCAGAGCUCCAACGCCAGUCUACUCGCGCUCUGAAGUAUGCUCCAACAUACCACCUGACUUUCUCCCUGUUCAGCCCUUCGUACGCCCCUUCUCAGUGGGACAUUGAGACUGCACUUCAAACUUACAUGAGCCCUCUUCUGGAAGCCUUCUCCGCCAUCAGCAACUUCACCGUUGACACACAAGUACAGCUCUACGCGACCUUUGCCCCUUCUGUUCGCCAGCCAGAAUAUGAUGAAAGCACAAAGGCAUGGACGCUUCGCAAGGAGGAUCUCAGUGGUUUCGUCAACGCUGCCGAGUGGCCUCUCAGUCCCAGCAUCGGCGAGGGGCCCACGGUCAACUUUAUUUUAUAUGUAUCCGAUCACUCACAGUCACCUCUCUUGGUCAGGGAGAACGCUGGGAACAGCUGGUUGAUCCCGCAAUGGGGUGGCGUACAUAUUCUCAACUUGGAGGGCGAAGCAAACACCCCGCCUGCUUUGACUGAGGCGAUGCUUGCUCCAGCAAUGCACACGUUCUCAAAUCAACUCAUAUCGCUGUUUGGUUUGCCUCAGAGCCCGGCUUCGUUGCCUCUUCGCAUUUCAACCCUCGAACGCGUCCGAGCUGCAUCACUCAUCUUCUCGGCUUCUUCUACUCUGGGCGCUCUAGCUCAAGUGUACCAGAAGCUUCCUUCUAUCCCAGUCCCGGAUAACGUUGCCCAUUCUACGCAGGAGACUAUCGUACAUCUACAACAAGCUUGUGACUACCUUCGAGAUGGUCGUUUCUCGAGCGCUCUAGAACACGCCCGCGCUGCAGAAGUGGAGGCUGAAAAAGCUUUCUUCGAACGUUCCAUGGUCGGUCAGGUCUAUUUUCCCGAUGAGCACAAAGUCGCUGUGUACCUACCCUUAUUAGGUCCUGUUGCUGUUCCUCUGGUCAUGGCUGCUCUGAAAGAGCUGAAGUCAGCACUAAAGCGAGGCUGA